UCAGGGCUCUGCUUUGAGGGGGUCAUUGUUUUGGGACCCUUUGAACCCUAAUCUCCACCAAAAACCCAUUUUCCCGGAAAAUUCACUCAGAAAGGAAAAAAAGAGAGAGAGGAAAAUGCAGAAUCACAGGUUGAAGCAGCAGCAGCAGCAGCAGCAAGCUCUGAUGCAACAAGCUCUUCUCCAACAACAAUCUCUCUACCACCCGGGUCUCUUAGCUCCUCCUCAGAUUGAACCAAUUCCAAGUGGAAAUCUGCCUCCUGGUUUUGAUCCAAGUACUUGCCGCAGUGUGUAUGUGGGGAACAUCCACACACAGGUAACUGAGCCGCUUUUGCAAGAAGUUUUUGCAGGUACUGGCCCGGUUGAAGGUUGUAAACUUAUUAGAAAGGAGAAGUCAUCCUAUGGAUUCAUUCAUUACUUUGAUCGAAGAUCUGCUGCUCUUGCCAUAUUAUCUCUUAAUGGAAGGCAUCUAUUUGGGCAGCCGAUCAAAGUUAACUGGGCAUAUGCUAGUGGUCAGAGAGAGGAUACAUCAGGUCAUUUCAACAUAUUUGUCGGUGAUCUCAGUCCUGAGGUUACUGAUGCUACACUGUUUGCAUGCUUUUCUGUCUACCCCAGUUGUUCUAUUGCUCACCAAUUUUAUCUUUCUCGUGGUUAUAGAGAUGCAAGGGUUAUGUGGGAUCAGAAGACUGGGCGUUCAAGGGGAUUUGGAUUUGUUUCAUUCCGUAAUCAACAGGAUGCUCAAAGUGCUAUAAAUGAUUUGACUGGUAAGUGGCUUGGAAGCAGACAAAUACGAUGCAACUGGGCAACAAAAGGUGCUGCUGGCAAUGAGGAGAAGCAAAACUCAGACACCAAAAGUGUGGUGGAACUAACAAACGGCUCAUCUGAAGACGGAAAAGAGACAUCUAACAGUGAUGCUCCUGAAAACAAUCCCCAAUAUACUACUGUUUAUGUUGGUAACCUUGCUUCGGAGGUAACACAGAUUGAUCUCCAUCGCCAUUUCUAUACUCUUGGGGCUGGUGUGAUGGAGGAGGUUCGUGUCCAGCGUGAUAAAGGGUUUGGUUUUGUUAGGUACAGUACUCAUGCUGAAGCUGCUCUGGCUAUUCAGAUGGGGAAUGCCCAGUCUAUUCUCUGUGGCAAACAAAUUAAGUGCUCCUGGGGGAGCAAGCCCACUCCACCUGGAACUGCAUCAAAUCCUCUUCCCCCACCUGCUGCUGCUUCUCUGCCAGGCCUCUCUGCGAAUGAUCUUUUGGCCUAUGAGCGACAGCUAGCAAUGAGCAAGAUGGGUGGUGUCCAUGCCUUGAUGCAUCCCCAAGGCCAACAUCCUCUUAAACAGGCAGCAAUUGGAGCAAGCCAGGCAAUAUAUGAUGGUGGCUUCCAGAAUGUUGCAGCUGCACAGCAAAUGAUGUACUACCGGUAAAAUAUAAUAUAAUGCGGUUCUCCUAUCUAUAUAUCCUGCCUUGUGCUCAUUGAUUUGAGUUAUACUCUAGAGAGCUCUUUCCUUUUCUUUUUCUUUUUUUCUUUUUUUUCUUUCUUUCUACUUAAUGGUGGUGAGGUAGUUUACCCUUACCAUAUUAGAUAAUAUGAUCAAACAUUUGUAUGGGUUUGUAUCAUGUAUGGGGUUUUCUAGUUAGUAGCGACGAGUGUAUAAGGGGGCUGUCCAGACAUAUUUCUUCCUUCUCGCCCAUUUGGGUGUUUGUGUUGUUACUAUACAAUGGUUAUCAUCAGUAUCAAUCCUGUCUUCAAGACUCAAGAGGGC